GCGGGGGGACGCAAAAGCAGAAUUACCUGUAGCUCUUGUUCUGCCAUCUCGGCGCUCACACACCUUCACCUGCACAGACCUGAAAGUCCAGUUUCUCCAGAGGCUGAGGCCCCAGGAAAAGGGGAGCGAGUUCAUUGGAUCAAACAUGUCACAAGAGUCGGACAAUAAUAAAAGACUCGUGGCCUUAGUGCCAAUGCCCAGUGACCCUCCGUUCAACACCCGAAGGGCUUACACCAGCGAGGAUGAAGCCUGGAAGUCGUACCUGGAGAACCCUCUGACAGCAGCCACCAAGGCCAUGAUGAGCAUCAAUGGUGACGAGGACAGUGCUGCUGCCCUUGGCCUGCUCUAUGACUACUACAAGGUUCCUCGAGACAAGAGGCUGCUGUCUGUAAGCAAAGCAAGUGAGAGCCCAGAAGACCAGGAUAAGAGGGGCUGCGUGGGCGCCGGGGAGCCCGCGGGCGGCGCGGGCGUGGAGAGCCGCGUGCAGGUGCUGAAGACGGUGCCCGUGAACCUGAGCCUCAGCCAGGAGCCCGCCGACAACAAGCGCGAGCCCUUCGCGGCCGAGGGCACCGCCGUCAUCCCCGUGUCCGGCAUCGCCGUGGUCAAGGCUGAGGACUUCACGCCCGUCUUCAUGGCGCCGCCGGGCCACUACCCGCGCGGGGACGGCGACGAGCAGCGCGUGGUCAUCUUCGAGCAGGCGCAAUACGACCUGCCCGCCCUGGCCGCGCACGGCGUCUACCUCAAGGACGACCAGCGCAGCACGCCCGACAGCACCUAUAGCGAGGGCUUCAAGGACGGCUCCGCCGAGAAAUUUCGGAGUGCUUCAGUUGGGGCUGAGGAGUACAUGUACGAGCAGACCUCAAGUGGCACAUUUCAGUACACCCUGGAAGCCACCAAAUCCCUCCGCCAGAAGCAGGGGGAGGGCCCCAUGACCUACCUCAACAAAGGACAGUUCUAUGCCAUCACACUCAGCGAGACCGGGGACAAUAAGUGCUUCCGACAUCCCAUCAGCAAAGUCAGGAGCGUGGUGAUGGUGGUCUUCAGUGAGGACAAAAACCGAGACGAGCAGCUGAAAUACUGGAAGUACUGGCACUCCCGGCAGCAUACAGCCAAGCAGAGGGUCCUUGACAUUGCCGAUUACAAGGAGAGCUUCAACACGAUCGGAAACAUCGAGGAGAUUGCGUACAAUGCCGUUUCCUUCACCUGGGACGUGAACGAAGAGGCCAAGAUUUUCAUCACCGUGAACUGUCUGAGCACAGACUUCUCCUCCCAAAAAGGGGUGAAAGGACUUCCACUGAUGAUUCAGAUUGAUACCUACAGUUACAAUAACCGUAGCAAUAAACCUAUUCAUAGGGCGUAUUGCCAGAUCAAGGUCUUCUGUGAUAAGGGCGCGGAAAGGAAAAUCCGAGAUGAAGAGAGGAAGCAGAACAGGAAGAAAGGGAAGGGCCAGGCCCCUCAGACCCCAAGUAACAACUCCUCUGACGGGAAGUUGGCCGCCAUGCCUUUACAGAAGAAGAGUGACAUCACCUACUUCAAGACCAUGCCCGACCUGCACUCUCAGCCCGUGCUCUUCAUACCCGACGUCCACUUUGCAAACCUGCAGAGGACCGGACAGGUGUACUACAACACGGAUGAUGAACGAGAAGGCAGCAGUGUCCUCGUGAAGCGGAUGUUCAGGCCCAUGGAAGAGGAGUUUGGCUCUGCACCUGCUAAGCAGAUGAAAGAAGAAGGCGUAAAGCGAGUGCUGCUGUACGUGAGGAAGGAGACUGACGACGUGUUCGAUGCGUUGAUGCUGAAGUCGCCCACGGUGAAGGGCCUCAUGGACGCGAUAUCUGAGAAGUACGGGCUGCCGGUGGAGAAGAUCACAAAGCUUUACAAGAAAAGCAAAAAGGGCAUCCUGGUGAACAUGGAUGACAACAUCAUCGAGCACUACUCCAACGAGGACACCUUCAUCCUCAACAUGGAGAGCAUGGUGGAAGGCUUCAAGGUCACGCUCAUGGAGAUCUGAGGCCUGGGCUCAGCCCCGGAGAAGGAGCCCCCUGUGCUCCUCCUGGAGGAGAUGGGCACAGAAGCGGAACCGGAGCUGGAGCCGGAGCCCGGUCCACCCAUCAUCUCACGACUGCUGUUACACGCCCGCCUCUGGGGGAUGCAGGGCGCAGCCAGGACCCACCCGCCCACUGGGGCCUUGGCUCCUUAUUUAUUGCCGCCUUCUCCAGAGCUUGGUCCAGCCCCACCGGGACCCUGCAGGGCACCGCUAGCUCCAAGGAGAUGGCCCAGAGCCCCUCGGAGGGAGACAGCCGGCCGCGCCUCCCAGAGCCCAGAGCCUCACCCCCUUUCUCGCCUCUGCGCGGUUCCCUGCGCCUGACAGAGUGGCUGUGCUUUGGGCAGGGUCCCAGAGGGUCACAUGGACACCCCCUUCCAAAGCUUCGAGGCCUUGUCCAGGGAGAUGCUGCUCCCGGGAGGUGGGGAGGAGCUCGAGGCGUGGCUGAUGUCAUGUACAUAGUGUGUAUAGUGUCACCGGAAUAUAUUCCACCUGUGCCGGCUGCGCCCACUGUCACUGCCUGGCGGGCACGUCCCUGGGCACUCGGGGCUCCGCCCACACCUGCUCAGAACUCACACUGGGCCCAGCUGUGAUGGAGCCCAGACGGACUCUGCCUCAGGGGCAUCUGGGCGGCUCUGCUGCCUGCCUUGGGCUCUCGAAUCCCAGCUCCUCCCCAGCUUCGGUCUGGGACACUGUGCUGUCCUGGGCACCGUGGACACUGUCACGCCUGGCAAUUUGCAGUGCACCCUCCAUCCCUGGAGGCCUCUUGAAAGCCCAGCCCCAGGUGGAGCCUUGCACCAAGCCUGGCUUCCUUCUGUGCCAGGGACCGAGAAGGGCAGCUGCCUGGGCGGGUGCUGGAGGGCUGGGCGGCAGACUGCCUGAGAGAGGGAAGAACCCUAAAGCUGUCAGCUGUGUAGUGGUUCCUGUGCACCCUGUGACCCAACGCACUGGAUCUACGUCGUCCCCUGCAGGCCGACUGAGGACAGGCCCAGCGGAGCGGUCCUGAGCCGUGGGCAGAGCACUUUGUUCUCCUGGAAGCCCCACUGCCCAGACUCUUCCCUCCCCACCGCAUGCCCAGGCCCGGAGCCUGAGGCAGCCCCCCGCCAGCCUCGAGGCUGGGAAGGAGCUGAGUGGGAUGGAGAGCAGGCGCCGCUUGAGCCUGAGCGGGCUGAGGAGCACCUCCACCGUGUCCUCUGGACCUGUCACCCUCCCCGUGGUGCCACAGGUCUGCGCCCUGGACUCAGCGGUGCCCCCGCCCGUCCCCUCCUCCCCACUCCGGCAACCACACCUGGACGGGCAGCUGGGGCCUAACGGGGCUCAGGCGUAAGAUGGACACAUCCAGCGGUGGACGGAAAUGAGCGCAUGCACUCAAUGCCCCAGGGUUAGGAAUCAGUCUGGACGCGAUCGGCAGGCCCCUCCCCUGGAGCUGGGGGCUCCGGAGUAGGGAAAGGACCACAUUUGUGGCAGCUGGACAUAAGCCACAGACCUGGAAAGACCCGGUCCCUUUGGAAAACUACGCUGGCCCCGUCUGAGGCAAAAGACGAAUGGGAGGCGCUUCCGCCUUUGUCCCGAGUCUCUAAGCCGUCACUGUGGGGACCACUGCCAGAACGGAGGUGAUGAGGCCGGUGGCACCCGAGGGGGUGGAGAGUGUCGCCCCUCCUGUCCGCCCGCUCCGCGUGCCCGGAGUGCCCGCAGUUAGCUUUGGUGACUCCUUUCCUGUGUAAGUUAGCAGAGCUGUGAUCAAAACUCCCAAGAGAAACACUCCAGAAAGAGGAAAGCUUACCUCCUCCUGGUUUUGCCCUUUAAUCACUCCCAAAUAAAUAAAUAAGCUUUUUUUGGGCAAUCCAUAAAAGGUGGGGGAAACAUGACGCAAGCGUUUUUCUUCUACAUCCUGAAAUCGUGUAGGCUUUACUGGUGUUUGGAAAUUGGAACCAACAAGAAAGGCAGUCAGGCAUCAUCUUGGAAUUGGUUCCUGAAAGACUAAGGCACAUCCCAGGGCAGAAACUCGGGAAGUGUCAGAUGAGUCAACCGUUUAUUUUCCUCCUUAUUUAAAAUUAUGAAAAAGCAACAGACAUAGAGGGUUUGUGCCAAAUUCUCAGAAUGGUCCUUUCUUAAAGACAAGCAUGAGAGACUGAUGUACGUACAGUUCGCUCUCACAUUAAAAAAAAAAAAGCAAAUGUAACUUGAUAGUUUUGUAAAUGGGAGAGGGGAAAUCUAUAAACUAUAAAUACAGUUAUUUUAUUUUUUGUACAUUUUUAAAAAGAAAAUAAAUAUUCAUAAGACUCAAA